UUAAACUUGCCUCCUCACCUCAUCUCCAGUGCAGUCGAGGUCAUGGCAGCUGAAUUCAUAGACCUAUCGCAGACCCUGGAUUUAAACACGCAAGCGUAUCCUGGCGACCCCAUAUUCAGCUGCUGUCCGAAUCUGACCAUCGAGCACGACGGAGCCAACAUUGCGUCCAUCUCGAUGAGCUCGCACACUGGCACCCACGUCGACGCACCUUAUCAUUUCGUGCCAGGCGGGAAGCGCCUUGAUGAUGUUCCACUUUCUCGUUUCGUCGGUCGUGCCGUUGUGGUGGACGUAUCGAACAAAGCCGCCAAGGAGCCGAUUGUCUGGAGCGACUUGCAACCAUAUGAAGAGAGACUGCGCAGAUGCGUCUCGGAGGAUGUCAGUUUCAUCAUGUUGGUACGGACAGACUGGUCAAGGUACUGGGGGACUGACGAAUACUUCGAACAUCCAUACCUGGAUCGCGAGGCGGCCGAGCGCGUCAUCGCGACUGGCGUCAGGACCAUAGGUAUCGGCACCCUCAGUCCCGACGCGACGCACCUCGAUCCGCACGCAGAGGCCGACUUUGCCGUGCAUCAGGUCAUCCUCGGUGCUGGAGGUAUCAUCGCGGAGAAUCUUAGCAAUCUCGGGGCGAUACAGGACGGUGACUGGAUCGUCAACAUGGUCCCGCUUAAGAUCGGCGGAUGCGAUGGCUCGCCCGUGCGUGCUUUCGCUUGGAGACGGACGUCCGGGACUCGGUGAUCCAUUCAUGACCUCCGAGUUCAGGCGUUUUGACCUCAUGACAUGUCAUACAGGAGGCGACUCUCGUGUUUCGUAAUGCGGUUGUCGGAGUGUGACUUGCCUCACUUCCCAAACGCUGUCUGGUAUCCGGGAUGUUCGAAAGAGUCACAACACUCGUCUGGUGGACGUUCUUGGUAUCUGACUACGGCGCUGAUAACAUCGGCUACCCGUCUCCUCGCCGCUCGGAACAU